UAUUUAAUACACCCUGAAAAACUUGUCUCUCGGCAUUUUGGAUGACAGUAUAAUAAGAACGCCAGUGUGCUGUCUUCUUCUUUAACUAGCGUGUCUACCGCAUGAGGGAGACACGGCCAUUUUGAAAACGGGUAUACCGUCGACGUCACUACUGAAGAUGACCCCUCCACAUCCUCCCUCCACGCGCUGCUGCUGUUGUGAGGUUUGUUUGAAUGGGAGGACGACAUAGAAAAAAAAACUCCCAUCGAUGUGUGAAUGAGUGAACCUACCGGAGACUAUAUGUGGCCCAUGUCUGACAUUUACCUACUUCUAAUGUGACAUCUCCGGUGUGUGGGAGCCAACCGACGCUGUUGUUCAGAAGAGUUGACGUCAAGCUGUUUUUCUGCUCCACACAGCAUCACCGGAUUAUCAUCCUUCAGCCUCUGAAGACGCCAUGCUUAUCUGGUUCUCUCAUGGCUGUGCCACUAUGACGAUCGGCCUCCUUCAGCCCCAGCAGAUCUUGCUUCUGGCCGUGGCAGUGCUUCUCUGCCCCCUGGAUCAAGUGACAGGCCAGGGGUUUAGUGAAAAGCAGUCCCCCUCCCAGGUGCUGCAGAACCUGCUGACACGUUAUGGAGACAAUGUCACUAUCACAGUGCCCCAGCUGCGGUCUCUACUGGCCCACCUUAGCAGGGAUCAGAGUGAAGAUGAAGUAGACGGCCACCGUGUGGUCGAGACACCAACAAUCACACCGCUCAAAACCAACCAUUCCAAGUGUCUGCCAACAGACACAUUAGCUAUGUUCAGCAUCAGUGAGCAGUCACGGCUGGAUGGACGAGGCUUACAGGAGCUGUGUCCCACCAUGCUGCAGCAGCUGGAUGCAGGCACCUGUAGGGCACAUAAAGAGGAGGAGCUGGCCUCCCCCAGGCCCUCAGAUGCUGAAGUGUGGGGCUUUUCUUUCCUGAGUGUGAGUGUGAUCAAUGCCUUCUCCCUCACUGGAGUCUUCAUCGUCCCUCUCAUGAGAACCCGUUUCAUGAGGCACAUACUCGUCUACUUCAUCGCUCUUGCAGUCGGCACACUGUUCUCCACUGCCAUCCUCCAGCUCCUGCCAGAGGCUUUUGGUUUUGACCCCAUGGUGGAUUUCUACAUGUCCAAGUCUGCUGUGGUGUUUGGAGGAUUUUACCUCUUCUUCUUUACUGAAAAGGUCCUCAGGGUACUUCUCAAACAGAAAGACCGGGGCCAUGGUCACAGCCAUUACCCUGGCCCAGAUCAUUACUCAACACCUGACGGGGAUGUGGACAGAGUGGAGAAGGAGAAGCUGCAGCAGAACGGAGCAGCCACCGGUUUGGCUCUGGGCAAGGUGGACUUAGGGGAGGGAGAGCUCAUGCUGAGUCCUGCACAGACUCCAGAGGACUCCCAGAGCCCAGACAGCGGGGGCCACUCUAGCAGCAGUGGUGGCUGCUAUUGGUUAAAGGGGACAGCAUACUCUGACAUUGGCACACUGGCCUGGAUGAUCACAUUGAGUGACGGCCUGCACAACUUUAUUGAUGGCUUGGCAAUUGGAGCAUCCUUCACUGCCUCUGUCUUCCAGGGCAUCAGCACCUCUGUGGCCAUCCUGUGUGAGGAGUUUCCACAUGAGCUAGGAGAUUUUGUGAUCCUGCUCAACGCUGGUAUGAGCAUACAGCAAGCUUUGUUCUUCAACUUCUUGUCAGCAUGUUGCUGUUACCUGGGGAUGGGCUUUGGCAUUCUUGCCGGCAACAGCUUCUCCCCUAACUGGAUCUUUGCUCUAGCAGGAGGAAUGUUUCUCUACAUCGCUCUGGCAGAUAUGUUCCCAGAGAUGAAUGAGGUGAGUCGUGAGGAAGAAGACGCAGGCGGCAGUAGUUUCCUCCUGACCUUCGCCAUCCAGAACGCCGGCCUGCUGACGGGCUUCGCCAUCAUGUUCUUCCUCACCACCUACUCUGGACAGAUCCAGCUGGGCUAGCAGCAGACUCCUCUGAACAAACAGCAGCUCUUACCAGUGUGAAAUUAAACUGAGAUGUUAGCUGGUUUGAACUGGUUUAAACUGACCCCAAGCGGAGGGAUGAAGGCAGGAAAUUUGUGUCUUUCUGUUCCUCCUAUUGUCUCAGUUUUCAUGAUCUUGGCAUUUGGGGAGUUUGGCUGCUGUGCGGCCAGUGCACUCUUCUUUCCGCUAUUGAAAAUAUCUGCGAAGCUGGUUGUGUGCAGUUUCUCGAUGCAGUAGAGCCCAACUUUAGAAACCAUUCCUGCUCCUUUACAGUCAUAGAAAUAUUCCCUAAGCAGGAUUCAGUCUGAAGAGGUGAGCUAAGGACCUGAAACUCCCUCAACUCUGAACGCUGACCCAUGUGCAAUAUCCACCCAGUCACUGAAAUCUUUGUCUGCUCUCCAGACGAUCGCUUUAGAUUUUCUCCUUUCCUCAGUGGAAGUCAUUGAGCCUCAACAGUCAUUCAGUAGAUACAGAAUAUCUAUAACAUUUAUCCUCGAAGAGCUUCCUCAGGAGGAGGGGACAGCACAAUCAGGUUUCAGCAGCUGUAUUAUUAAUAUCCUGUAGUCUUUGUUCUUCUUUUCCCCUCUCUACCCUUUAUUCAUUUUACACCAAAUACAAAUCUUCAUGGACCUGAACUGGAUUUCAAUCAAGUCUCAACUCUCAGCUGGGCUUUGUUUUUAGUGUGUUGAUGUUAUAUUUUUGUAAAAUGAUCCACCUUUUGAAGACCAAAUACGGGCCGACCAUUAAGAAUGGUAAAGGGCUACACAGUGGUGUUUGAAGGGCACACCUUUACUCUCCUCUGUAUGGAUGUGAAUUCAUCCUCAGCAUGCUGGCAGAAAUGUCCAAAAUCUGAGUCAGACACUAAAAGUGACUUCAAGUCCAGAGUUUCAUAUCCAGUUUUAUCCAGUUAAGAUGCAGCAACAGUGAGCAUCCACUUAGUUUACCACCUGUGCCCUUCAUUAAUAUAGCAUUAAAUAUUUAACUUGUUUUUAAUUCCUUUUAUUAUCAACCUCGAAGUGCAAAUAUCUGGUCUUGGUACAUACUAUAGACUAUUUUCCAUUUUACUGUACAUUAUAGUUCUACAAAAUACUGUAAACUGACUCUUUAAAACAUGAACACUUAGCCUGCUGGUCUAUGACCCUAUGCACACUGAUCAUAUAUAAUUAUAGAUUUAAGUUAAAUACCAUUUUAGUAAGUAAUUACAAAACCUUUGACACCUUUAAAGUAACUUUAUGGCCAAAAAUAUGUGGACAGGCUUCCGGUUAUGCAGAAAUAUUUUUUUUAUUUUGACGGUUUUCUAGGGUUGUGCUUGCAUCUGUUUAUGAUCAUGAUUUUUAUUGUUGUAUUUAAGUCAAAGAGCUAAGGGUCCAUUUUUUCAGAAUAGAAAAUACUUCAAUAUAAAAAAAACCCUACAAGUUUAUUUUAAAACACUGACCACUCUCUGAAGGUAUUUCCUCAAACCUCAGUGACUCUUACAACCAUGUAUAUGAAGAAGAUAUUCUCUCCUUUCACUGUCACUGUGCAGACUUAUUAGCGUCAGGGAAAGGCUUUGUAUUAAGACAUCAAGAAAAAUAACUUAAAAACAUAUACAAUGCACCAACAAGUCAGUACUGAUCCAUUUCCUGAUUAAUGAAAUAUUCAGAUUACUGUUUCUCCCCUUUAAUGGUUAUCCAUUUGAAUAGAAUACAGAAUAUUCUUGUGGUUUUUAGUCGAUUUUAAAAAUAAUUUGAAAUGAGGUUUGGAAAAAUAGUCAUUAUUAUUGUCAUUAUUGCUAAAUUAUUCAUCAGUUUUUUACUUGCUGAGGGAUGAUUGGUAAUGAAAAUAGGUGCUGAAAUAAAAAAAAUAUAUAUAACAUACAAUCAUAUGAAAUGAUACAUCACUCUGAGAUUUCAUCAGUUUUUGCCAGCAUUUUGGCAAAUUUAAUUUCUUUUUCAUAUUACAAAGCCUCUGUGUUCAUACAAUUAUUUUUCCUCCUUCCUUAAGAACUUGUAGCCCCAUUAAGUCCCCACGUUUUAAAGGAAGUGUAAAGUCUUAAACCAAAGGAUUAGAGGCUCUACGGCUUUGAUUCACAGUAUGAUUCACAGAUCUGACGUGCUUAACAUAUUGUGUCCACAAACUUUUGGCCAUGUCUGAAAACUUACAUUUUUGAGGAGCCGGUUGAUCUGUAACGUUUAUUGAAGUUUAGGGACCACUUUUUUGUUUUUUAAGUGAAUCCAAUCACAUUACAGUCUGAAAACUGUAACUAAGGUAGUAAAAGCUGAACACGUGAUGACUACAUCCAUGUUUUUUCUGCUGCAUGCACCACAAAUCAGUGAACGUUUCUGCUGACCCAUAUUUACUAAUAUUUUACUUUUUUUUUUUUUCAAUAUGAAGAACUUCAAACUGAGGACAGUGAUCCAUUACCAAAACAUAAAUUUUGAGUUUGAAUUAGAAUAGAAUAGAUUAUUUCUUCUUUGUUAGAUAGAAACUGGAAGCCAUUAUUGGUCAAAUAUUUAUGGACCGACCUUAUGAAUCAAAGUUUCUGUUGUUGGUGGUAAUGGAAAACCAUCAAUCCCAGUACCUUGAGGUAUAAUAUAACUGCUGCUUGAUUUGUAUGAUAAAAUGGAGAUUAUUUAUUGUUGUUUGAGCCAUAAAAUAUUUAUUUUAUGCUUUACACCAACAAACAGUGUUCAGUUUACUGUCACAUUGAAAGCCAUGAAAAAAGAAAAUAUCUCAACCUUUUUGUUUGUUCCUUUUCUUUGUUUUAGUUGAAAUAAAUGGGACAGGCGCCAGAUUACAUAUGAAACCUUUACUGCUUUAGAUAUUUACCUCCAUAGUAGAGUUUAUAUACAGAUACAGAACUUCUGCAGUGUUAUGGCAGAUUAAACCUCAUUGUGUCAAUGUAACACAAACCAGAAGAUACAUUCAGGAGCACAAAGACAAAAAUACAGCUUCAUUGGUGAAAAAAUUCUCAUUGAAACAAAAAUGUAUUUUUUUCAUCAUCAGUCCACCAACCAAUGACUGACUGACUGGAGAUUUUGAUAACUUAUGGAUGUGCAUUUUAAACUAUAAAUGCCCAUUUUCAGAGAAAAAAAUGGUACCUAAUGUAAUUUAUUAGAAUCUUCAUCAGCCUUCUCUGUGUGUCAUGGGAGUCUUGAUUUUUUUGUUUUUGUUUUAUAAAACAUCCUUUUCCAAGAAA